AUGGCACCCACCGCUACUGACCAGACGAGUGCAGCUGUCGCCAAGCCGUCGCUCAAAGCGACGUCCAUCCUGCACAGGACGCCUUGGGCACCGCCCAUCGCGACUUCUGCGCAAGGCAUCUAUGUGACUACAGACGAUGGCCGGCAACUCAUUGAUGCCGUCGGGGGUGCUGCUGUGGCAUGCAUCGGAAACGGACAUCCCGCCGUCACGAAAGCAUUGAAGGAACAGGUUGACAAGAUAAGCUAUGUGUACAACAUGCAACUAUCGAAUGAGCCGGCCGAGGAGCUAGCGAAGCUCCUUAUUGAGCAGAGCAGCGGUGCUUUCGACCUUGUUGGCUUCGUUUCUGGAGGGAGCGAGGCCAUGGAAGGCGUGAUCAAGACAGCUCGCCAGUACUUCUUCGAGACGAAACAGCCUCAGAGGGCGCAAUUUAUCGCCCGUCACCUGUCCUACCACGGCAACUCGAUCGGCACGUUGUCGCUCGCGCACCACCCCGCGCGGCGCAGCCCGUAUGAAGCGAUCCUUGACCAUGAACAUUUCCACCAUGUCUCUCCUGCGUACGCCAAGCGCUUUCAGAAGCCUGACGAGACGGAGGAACAGUACGUUGAAAGGCUGCGGCAGGAACUCGAAGACAAGUCCCUGGAGCUUGGGCCGGAUACCGUCAUUGGCUUCGUUGCAGAGACGGUCGUCGGAGCCACUACGGGCGUCGUGCCUGCGCCGAAAGGUUACUUCAAGGCUAUGAAGUCCGUGUGUGACAAGUACGGUGCACUGUUAAUCCUCGACGAGGUCAUGUGCGGAAUGGGCCGCAUGGGCACAUUGCAUGGAUGGCAGAGCUUUGGUGACAACGUCGCCCCUGACCUUCAAGCUGUUGCGAAGGGCCUCGGAGGAGGGUACGCUUCAAUUGGCGCCGUUCUGUUGUCGAAGAAGGUUGCCGAUGGUAUUCGAGACGCAUCGGGCUUUUGGAUGCACGGCCAUACCUAUCAGGCUAACCCAUUGGCUUGCGCGGCUUCGCUGGCUGUGCAGAAGGUCAUCAUUGAAGAAAAUUUGCUCGAGAACGCGCGGGUUCAGGGCGAAUACCUCGGUUCCCUUCUCCGCGAACGCCUCCAGUCCCCCAACGCUUUCGCAGCGCCGUUCGUCUUCGACGUCCGUGGGGGCGGGGCGUGGUGGGGAGUGGAGUUCGACUUCACGGGCCCGGAGGCGUCAAGGAUAGAUUUCAAAGGCAAGUCCUUCGGUGCGCUGACGCAGACGCGGUGCAUGGAGAAAGGCCUGAUCAUUAUGGGCAUGUCGGGAGGCGCUAACGUUGAGGGUACCGCUGGUGACCAUUUGAUGCUCUCCCCCGCGUACAACGUUACACCGGAACAGGUGAAGAAGAUUGCGGACAUAUUCGUAGAAGCUAUAGAGGAGCAAGAAGCGACCAGUAGCUGCAGUCCAUCCACGUCGCACCCCGAAGAACCGUCUACGUUGGUCCCAGGAUCCUCCACAGACGCCAAGGUCUUGCGCUCGAGCGCGAGAGUGAAAGCUGCCAAACAGAAGGAGAAGGAACGCACCUCUGCGGACCAAGCCACGUCUUCUUCAUCCGUUCCAGCCAAGCGUGCCCGCGAGGCUACCUCAGCCAAGGGCAAGGGCAAGGAAUCGUCUGACGACGCUUCACGGGCGAGCAAGAGAGCACGCCGCGCCACUUACCCCGUCAGUUCCGCAUUAUCAAUCAACGAGCCUUCGACCGAUACCAAAGGCAAGAAGCGAGCUCAGCCCAACAGCUCUGAAGGAGAGGAGAACCUUGCUUCUUCUUCCACCACCACCAAGCGUACGAGAACCACUAGCGCGUACUCCCUCCGAUCCAGAUCGGAAGCUCAAAUAGCGACUGAGAUGACGAAGAAGACGAGAACGACAUCAGGAAAGGGCAAGGCUGCGGCGAAGACUAAAGCCGUGUCAGCUAUGGCCAGUACAUCCCGCGCAGACGAAGACGCUGAGAUGAUGGACGCCGACUGCAUGCACCCAGAGCUCGAACAGCCUAACGAGAAGCUUGAGGCUAUGGACGACUACGCAGGUGGCGAAGAUGUUGCUGAGGAACUUGAUCACAAUGAUGAGGGAGAUGAUCUGGACGAGCCGCCUGAGGAAGAUCAGAGGGAACUUGCGAAGCAGUCAAGCGAUGGUCUGGACGAACCGUCAGCGAUGGCAAUAUUCGGUGACUAUCGUCAGCUUGGGUCAUACAUGAUGGGGUUGUCUAGUCGCCUGAAGACUAUGCUGAACAAUAUCAAGCCCACCGCUGACCCCACCACGCGUCUCCUUACCCUUCAAGAGCUGAGCGAGCUGCUCAGUAUCAGUACGGAAGAUACUCUCGCGGGUUCCUUCCAGGUAGAGUCCUUCGUUCGAGAGCUCGUUCGCAUCCUGGGGGGUACUGGUGGUGAUCCGGAUGAAGAUGACGAUCAAGAACCACAAGACGUUGACGAGGAUGCCGCGCUCGCAGCAGCCCUAGCCAUGAGCGCUGGGGGUGGUGCGUACCAAGGCGACGAGAACUUGGAAGCCCAAGUGCUAGCGUGCAGAUGUCUCGCCAACCUCAUGGAGGCGUUGCCGGGUGUGGCGCACACUGUCGUCUACCACGGCGCCAUCCCUGUCCUGUGUAGCAAACUGAUCGAAAUCUCGUACAUCGAUUUAGCGGAGCAAACGCUCAGUACUCUGGAGAAGAUCUCGGAGGAAUUCCCGAGCUCGAUUGUCCGUGAAGGCGGUCUGGCUGCGCUUCUGAAUUACCUCGACUUCUUCUCCAUCGCUGUCCAGAGAACGGCUCUCCAAGCUGCGUCGAACUGCUGCCGUAACAUCUCAGCUGAGCACUUCCCUAUGGUGCGCGGCGUAUGGCCCACCAUUCGCAAUUGCCUAGGAUAUGCCGAUCAACGACUGGUUGAAUUCGCCUGUCUCUGCGUCAUCCGCGUCAUCGACGCCUUCCACCGCAUUGCUCCUGACAAGCUGGAAAGCCUAGUCGAUGUCGACCUCGUUCGUGCUGUCAACCUGCUUCUCCUGCCCUCUGGCGGAUCGCCGUUGAUCGCGACGGGUACAUUCACUCUACUGCUCCGAGCCAUGGCAACUUCCGCCCGCGCGAGUCCCAAGAUCACUCUCGUCCUGUUGGAGGCCGGCAUCGUGGACACCCUGUAUCAGAUUCUGACCGGCGUCUUGCCUCCCGCCUCUGAAAAUGGCGAGGAGCAGGGCGACGGAAACGGGGGACAAGGCCUUGGCGGUGGGCUUGCGGAUAUGACGGUCAUGGAGAACCUUGCGCAUCGACCAAAGGAUCAAGUAGAAGAAGCGCUCAGCCUUGUCUCGGAACUCAUGCCCCCGUUGCCUAAGGAUGGUGUCUUUGACCACAAGGCAUAUACCGAGAGGUCUUUGUCUAAGCUCAUAAAGGCGAAGGCAAAGGCCGAGCGCGCUGCUGCGCGACAAGCGAUGUCCGCUAUGGCAGCAACUCUGUUAGGCGAGGAUGCGUCUGCCAUCGCAGGAACGUCCACGCCGACCAAUGUGCAGCCCGAGGACGGCGCUUCCCAAGGUUCAGCAGACAGCCAGUCGAUUCAUGAAGGCGACGAGAGCAUGGUUUCGUUGGCAUUGCCGAAAGAGACGACGUCUGAUCGCACGGAGCUUCUGCGAUCUCAGCCUGCCGUCGUAGGACGAUUUUUGCAUCUCAUGGUACCCAUCCUAGUCGACGUUUACGCCGCUAGUGUAAUGGCCCCUGUACGGAUCAAGACGCUCACCGGUCUCCUCAAGGCUGUCAGUUUCCUAGAAGCAGAUGAGCUGGUCCGAGUAUUCAAGUAUGUCCCGAUCGCGACCUUCGCGUCGUCUAUCCUCUCCUCCAAAGACUACCCCAGUCUCGUCAUUGGCGCGCUCCAGAUCGUCGAGGUGCUACUCAGCAAGGCCCCUACAGAGUACAAGCCGGCUUUCAGACGCGAGGGCGUCUUACAUGAGAUCGACCUACUAGCUACUCGGCCCGUGGCAUCAUCGAGAUUUAAAGACAAGGAUAAGGACAAGGACAAGGAGACUGACACAUCAGCACCUACAGAGCCUUCUGCGACGCCUAUGCCUCCUACAAUGGCCGGGUCAAUGCCUGGAGUCAGGAAGAUGACCUCUCUUUCUCUCGAACCUGAUGACGCUAUCACUUGGCGAGCAAGAGUCACACGGUUUAAGUAUCUGCUUGGACCGGAGGAAGAGCAGAGCGACGACUUGUUUGCUACUCUCAAGCGCGUAGUCAACGAGAUCACCAAGCAAGAUGCUUCUGAUGCGGAGCUGGAGUCAGCUCUUGUGUCCUUGGCAGAGUUGUUCGCCUCGCCACAAUCAUCUGUAUCCAGCUUCGAGCUACUGCAGAGCGGCUUGGUGGAUGCUCUAUUGCACCUUGUGACGGAUGAACAACGCCAUGUGAGCAUCGCUCGGCGAAGAGAGCUGCUCUUCCGCGUGUUCACUACACCGAAGUCGAAGAUAGCCGUCAACGACCAGACUCCUCUUGCAACACUGGUCAAGAAAUUGCAGGAAAGCCUGACGAGGAUGGAGUCCUUUGAGGUUGUUACAGUGGCUCAGAGUUCGGAUGACUCCAAGCGAAGCUCACCAUCGCUACUUGCGCGUCAGCUGCGUCUCCGUCUGGUUGCAGCGGAAGAUUCAGACGUGCCGAAGAGCCUCAGCAACAUCGUCGUCUCCAUCCAUGCCAUCGCAACGUUCCAGGCCUUGCAUGAUUAUCUUCGCCCUCGCGUUGCUGGCUCUCUCCCGAGUGGUUCUCGCCUGUCGGGUAUGCUUGCAGCACUCGCCGCCUCUGCCCUCGCACCACCGUCAUCUUCUCGAAGUGCACUUCCCACACCGCCUGCACCCAACCCUGCUGCAUCUGAUCCGGCAAGUAUAUCCCGUCGACGAAGCCUUCGUCUCAGUGCGAAGAAGUCUGGUGCAACGGAUGCUCCUGCUGAACCCACGGCGCCAACGGAAGCAGACACAGCCCCAGACCAGUCGCUACCGAAGCCACCAUCACCACCCUCUGCUGCUCCCGAAGCGACGGAGGCGUCAGCGUCGCCAUCAGCUCCGGACAGCGCAUCAAGUGGUACUGCCGUGCAGGAGCCCGAGUUCGCUGCCGACUUCACGGAUGAUGAGAUCGAUUUAGAUGCUGAGGUCGUUGACGACGAUGAGCACAUGGAGAGUCCCGAUGCCGAUAAGACAGUCACUGUGUCUGUGGGCGAAGACGGAUCGAAAGUAGAAGCACAGACGCCUGACGGAACAAGGGUGCCUACUCCAGCCCCCGUGAAGAGUCGGCCUCCUCUCAGUGGGCGUAACACUGGAAGUACCGGAGGGUCAUACGCUGCCGCAGUCAAGUCAAAACCGAAUGACUGGCACCUCGAGUUCUUUAUGGACGACCACAAACUUCCCCUGGACUUGACGAUCUAUGGUGCCGUUCACCAACAGGAAGGUCGUAAGAAGUCUGGUCAGGCGCUGUCUCCCAGCCUGUUCUGGCAGGGCGUAUACACUGUCAAGUUCAAGAAGGUCCCCGGUCCUGUCCCUCUGUCAGAAUCACGAAGCGAUGAGUUUGGGUCGCGGAGUCGAUCGCCGACUCCCCCGUUGUCGUCACUUCCAGAGGAUGCGCCACAUGGGAAAAUUCUGCGAUUGCUCCGUGUUUUGCACAAGUUGAAUGUGCAGGAAAGCGAACGCCCCGCAGUGCCAGGUUUCAAGCACGUUCUACCAGAGAGUGCAUUCGUCAACAACAAGUUGACGGCCAAACUGACACGGCAGUUGGAGGAACCCAUGAUUGUUGCGAGUUCGUGCCUUCCGGAGUGGGCCCUUGAUUUACCACAGCAUUUCCCGUUCCUAUUUCCCUUCGGUACCCGAUACAACUUCCUGCAGUCGACGUCCUUCGGCUACGCUCGCCUCAUUCUCAAGUGGCAGAGCCAACAGAGCCGUGUUCAGGACAGUUCAAGGCGGGACGACGGCGUGGGCUUCCUGGGAAGAUUGCAGCGACAGAAAGUCCGGAUCUCCCGUCAGCACAUCUUGGAGUCUGCUGUCAAGGUGUUCGAGCUGUACGGCUCUUCGUCGUCCAUCCUCGAGGUUGAGUACUUCGAGGAGGUGGGCACGGGCUUGGGACCUACCCUCGAGUUCUACUCCCUUGUCUCGAAGGAGUUCGCGCGGAAGGACCUCAAGAUCUGGCGAGACGCCGACCCAACACUAUCCGGACCCUAUGUUCAUCAUCCCCUUGGUCUGUUCCCUGCGCCGAUUAAUGUAGAUACUCCGGGCGACGCAGGACAUAAACGUACACACAUAUUCCGGGUGAUCGGGCAGUUCGUAGCGAAGGCCUUGCUUGACUCUCGAAUCAUCGACCUGUCGCUCAACAAGGUCUUCCUCAAACUCGUUCUCGGAGAGGAUGUGCCUCUGACAGUUGACAACCUGAGGCGUGUCGAUCCUGAUUUGGCAGCGUCGCUGGAACAGAUUCAGAGCUUUGCGAGCGCAAAAUCUCAGGCCGAGAAGAUCCGCCGCAAGCUAGGCGUUGUCGAAGAUGUCUUGGUGGAAGAUCUUGCCCUCGACUUCACAAUCCCUGGCUACGACAUCGAACUACGGCCUGGCGGUCGCAACAUCGCGGUCACAUCGGAGAAUGUAGACGAGUAUGUCCACGAGAUCCUCGACGCGAUCAUUGGCAAGGGCGCGGCGCUGCAGGCAAAGGCUUUCCGAGAAGGCUUCUCGAAGGUGUUCCCUAUCGCCGACCUGCAGGCGUUUACGACGGACGAGCUGAUCAUGUUGUUCGGGAACUCGGAGGAGGACUGGAGUCUAGAGACUCUGAGUGAAGCGCUGAAGGCUGACCACGGCUUCAACGUCGAGAGUCGUGCCAUUCGUGAUCUGCUCGAGAUCAUGUCCGAGUUUGAAUCGCCUACUCGUCGCAGCUACCUACAGUUCAUCACGGGAAGUCCGAGGUUGCCCAUAGGAGGAUUCCGAGGCUUGAACCCAUCAUUGACGGUCGUGCGCAAGCCGCACGAGGCUCCGCUGACCGCUGACGACUACUUGCCGAGUGUCAUGACAUGCGUCAACUACCUCAAGCUGCCCGAGUAUUCGUCAAAGGCCGUCAUGCGGGAGAAGUUACACGUCGCGAUGCGGGAGGGCAUCGGAAGUUUCCACCUGUCAUAG